AUGGCUGCCGCUACCAGUGCUGCUUCCCCCCAGCAGCCCACCAUCUUCCCCCACAGCCAUGUUGGUUUCGACAGCAUCACUUCCCAGAUUGAGCGGAAGCUGUUGAAGCGCGGUUUCCAAUUCAAUGUCAUGUGUGUCGGACAAACCGGUCUGGGUAAAUCCACAUUGGUUAACACUAUCUUCGCAUCCCACCUGAUCGACUCCAAGGGUCGUCUCACUCCCAAUGAGCCAGUGCGCUCCACAACGGAAAUCCAGACCGUUUCGCACAUCAUCGAGGAGAACGGCGUGCGCCUGCGCUUGAACAUUGUUGACACCCCCGGCUAUGGUGACCAGGUCAACAAUGACCGAUGCUGGGAUCCGAUUGUCAAAUACAUCAAGGACCAGCACUCAGCAUACCUUCGCAAGGAACUCACCGCUCAGCGUGAGCGCUACAUCCAAGAUACCCGUAUUCACUGCUGUUUGUUUUUCAUCCAGCCAUCUGGUCAUGCUCUCAAGCCUAUUGAUAUCGUUGUCCUGAAGAAGCUCUCCGACGUCGUGAACGUUGUCCCCGUCAUUGCCAAGGCCGAUUCCCUCACCCUGGAUGAGCGCCAGGCGUUCAAGGAGCGCAUCAAGGAGGAGUUUGCGUUCCACAAUCUGAAGAUGUACCCGUACGAUAACGACGAGCUUGACGAUGAGGAGCGUGCGAUCAACGCCCAGAUUAAGGACAUCAUUCCAUUCUCCGUCGUUGGCAGUGAGAAGACCAUUGUUGUCAAUGGCAAGCAGGUCCGCGGCCGUCAGAACCGAUGGGGUGUGAUUAACGUGGAGGAUGAGACUCACUGUGAAUUUGUCUACCUUCGAAACUUCCUUACCCGCACCCACUUGCAGGACCUGGUCGAGACCACCAGCCAGAUUCACUACGAGACCUUCCGUGCCAAGCAACUUUUGGCUCUGAAGGAGAGCAGCGCCGCCGGUGGCCACUCUGGCGGUAGCCGACCCAUCAGCCCGUCCGCGGACCGCGAAUUGAGCCGCAACUCCCAGCGGGCGGCUAUGAAUGGCUACUAA